UAUUCGAAAAUGUUCUCGAACAACACUCAGUGUGAAUCGCAACUGUGUAAAUGUUUCAGCCACGUACUUCCAAUACAAAUAGUCGUCAACAGAACCUCGACCCCUAGCCUAACCUACUCCUACAUAUGCGCAAUAUUCUAAUAUAUAAUAAUAUUCAGUUAUAUUUGAGAAAAUUCGUGUUUGAAGAGAGCGUCAAGGCAAUGUCUCAACGCUCUUCCGUUGUGUUCCUUUCUGACAGUUUCGACGGCACCAAGUCGACCAAGGGAGCGUCCAAGAUGCGUCGGGAUAUGAUCAACGCUGAGAUCUGUCAGUUGAGGGAUCUGUUGCCGCUGCCGCCCUCCACACGCCAGAGACUCUCCCAGCUCCAGCUGAUGGCCCUCGUCUGUGUCUACGUCAGGAAGAGUAACUACUUCCAGCAGGUGUUCAAGCAACAGGAGCAGAGCCUCAGUCCCACGCCCAACAUCGGCUUCUCCAAGGCCAUGAAUGGGUUCAUCAUGAUGCUCACGCAAGGAGGCAAGCUUCUCUACAUCUCAGACAACGCUGCCGAGUACCUGGGCCACUCUAUGGAGGACCUACUGAUCCACGGGGACAGCGUGUACGACAUUAUUGACAAGCAGGACCACGCUGCCGUACAGGCAGAGCUGGUGAGGGCCGGUCACGCCUCCCAACACCUCGACGAAGACCGUCUCUUCCUCUGUCGUAUGAACGUCUCCAGAAACGCCAGAAGACAGAUGAGGUUCGGCGACCAGAAGGUGGUGCUGGUGGCCGGACACUACCUGUCCUACCUGCCCUUGUGCUCGAGGAACGAGCCGGUGUUCCUGGCCCACUGCACGCCCGUCGCCAUGCCGGAGACCAGAGAGAGUGUGGUGCAGGGCGCCACCAACGUCUUCACCUCCGUCCACACCCUCGACAUGAAGUUCCUCAACCUCGACAGAAACGGUGAAUUUUACCUUGGAUACAGUCGGUCGUCCCUGGCAGGCGUGUCGUGGUACCACCUCCUGCACCCUGAGAACAUGAGGGAGGCCCAGACCAAGCACCGCCUCAUCACGACGAGCGAGCAAGACAGGUCGUGCAUCCUGCUGGUGCGUCUGCAGGCUGCAGGAGGCACGUGGCGCUGGGUCCACUGCGUCCUGCAGGUGAAGGAUGCCGCCGACUCCAGCCAACAGACGGGGCAGAGCACACAGGUCAGCAACAGUAGCAGCAGCAACAGCAGCAGUACCAGCAGCAGUAACAACAACAGCAGUAACAGCAGCAGCAGCAGCACACAGCAGCAGCAGCAGCCAGUGAUCGUGGCCACCAAUCAGGUCUUGGGAGAGAAGGAGGCGGCGGUACUACGCGCCAACUCGUGGCUCUAUCACUACUACACCAUGCAGUCCAAGCUCCAGUAUGGCCUUGCCUACGAUGCCCACGCUCAGAGGGUCCACGCCUACUACCCCCAGGUCAUGACCUAUCAGACGGACCCAGCCACCUCCUACAUCACGCCCACGGCUCUCAACAGUGGCCACGCCCAUACCCACACUGCCAGCACCCACGCCCCGUACUCCCUUCCCACGCCCACCGCUUACGCCCACCUUCAACACUACCAUCACCACUACUCCGUGCGCCUCCAACACGGCCUAGACUACUCUCGGGACCCCGCCUGGGGCUACUACGACUCCUCCCACGCCACUACUGACACCCAGUCUCCCAUCCACGCCCACGCCAAUACUCACACGCCCACACACACGCCAAGAUCUAGUAAAAAGGGAUCGUCCCCCAAUUCCUCGCCUCGAAGAUCCCCAUUAACGCCAAUGUCAUCACAUGGCGUAUCUGAGGGCGGCGGGGUGGCGGUGGCGGCUCCCGUGCCUGUAAGGGCGGCUGCAGGGGCGGCUGUGCACAAGGGGGCGGCGUCCCCGGAGCUGGAACAACACCUGGAAGCGCCCUGGAAGGCGUCCCCAACACAGGAAGUUCCAGACUACCCAGAGUACUCUUCCUACGUCACGCCGCCCUACUCAGCCGCCACGCCCACCAAACUCAACGUCUUCACCUUUGACCCUAUUGACCCGCGGGAGGUCAGCCUGGGGCGCGACCACCGAGUGCCAUCUGUAGAGGCGGGGGAGCUCCCUCCUUGGACCACUGACCCCCCUCCCAAGAUCAGUGCCUGGCUCCCAUCACUGGAUGACACCACGACGGUGCCGCUCCGGCCGCUGCACCCAGCGGCACUCUGAGCGGCACCUGGCGAUGCUGUGAGCGUCUGCCGGUGGCACUGUGGGUGGCACCCCGAGGCACUGCGAGUGGCACCCCGAGGCACUGUAGGUGGCACCCGCCCAUCUUAACGUUGAGGAACGGAACGGAAUUAUCAGGAGGAAGCACCACGCCUUUACGACUAAAUAGCUAAGUUGAGAAGCUGAUACUUUGGUGCACAAUGCUUCACUCUUCACCUCUAACACUAGCAGAUGUGAGUGCUGCCAACGCCACCCUCAAUACCAGCCACUGUAGCCAGCUGGCUACUGUGACCCAGCUGAGUCAGACGGUGUGUUUCGCAGCAUAGUGGCUGCCCUCUACUGCACCAGCUGCCUUCUCCUGAUCCUCCAACAUUCCUACCUUGGAGAAAAUCAUACACCUGCCACGUAGUUGAACACUUAGAUGCUAUUCUUGCUAUCCAUCAGCAGUCAACGUGAUUCCUGGGAGUGGGAGAGGCGUAGAUUAUGCCGUGAAUCCUGUGUAGACUGAACGCUACACGAGGAAGUUCAGCACGCUGAGUUCUGCCCCGACUAUGACUUGUUUCUCGCCUGUAGCAACCAGCGGAACCCCGGUGGCGGGAGUGUCCCAGCCUCCAUGUGACAAGUGGAGGAGAGAGUGGCGACCUCCUCGUAGCUCCAGGUGACAGUGGUGGAGGGUGGCGCACUUGUCCCCCACCUAAAGUGCGCUCACUCGUGGUCAUCCACUUGCCCAAGUGUUCUUCAGCCUAGGCUUCCCAGCCACCUAAAUGUCUUCAUUCAAAUAAGCUUUACUAGCCAUGUGUUACUGAGAUGUAUAUAAGCCGAGUCCAGGCGGUGGCAGGGGGCCGAGUCCAGGCGGUGGCAGGGGGCCGAGUCCAGGCGGUGGCAGGGGGCCGAGUCCAGGCGGUGGCAGGGGGCCGAGUCCAGGAGGUGGCAGGGGGCCGAAUCCAGGCGGUGGCAGGGGGCCGAGUCCAGGCGGUGGCAGGGUGCCGAGUCCAGGCGGUGGCAGGGGGCCGAGUCCAGGCGGUGGCAGGACGCUGGCAGAGUUCAAGAAUGUCAAAGUGAUGUCUCAACGAAUUUAACGGUGGCGUGGCCAACCAGUGACCUUGGCGAACGCUGUAUAAAUAUCGUGAAGCUUCUGCAGCCUCCAGUACAGCCUGUGCGCGUGCACAGUUCCCCCGUGCACAGUAUGUGUAACUGUGCUGUUGAUAUAUUUGAGUGAACUUGCAGUUAUGAGUGUACUCAACAUUCGUGGACGUUAUGUGUGUUCAUGGGGGGGAGGGGGGCGUGUUAAGUGCGCAUAGUUCACGUGACUCGUCUCCUCUCACGAGAACAAACACUUACCUGCGCCUUGUAAGGGGUAAGAACAUUUGACACUUUAUGUAUAGCACUUGUUAAAACUUUAUCAUUUGUUUUAAGGGUUUUUGUUCAAUAUUGCGUCGCGUGCAUUGUGUUGAGUGGUGCUUCUGUUGCAUUUAUGUGAUGUUUGGAACUUGCGUCAUGAGUAUGGUGACGAUCAAGGCUUGCGUCACGACUCUCGUGACGCAUAGGGCUUGCGUCACGACUAUCAUGACAUCUGAGGCUUGCGUCAGUAUUCUCCAGCUGCGACAUACAUAUGGUGUGCCCACGAUAACGUUGUAGUGUGGGCAUGUAUAUAAGUUCUACGUGUUACCAUACCAAUAGUAAUAGUCGCAUUGAUCAAGACCUACCCUAGGUCCCCCCAUCAAUUCUCUCUAGCUGUCAUCUCAUCAUAAUAAUGCCACACAUGCAGUUUUAUGUGUGGCAUUAUUAUAAAUUAUUAUAGCAUUAUUAUAAACCAAUUUUACGAGUUUUCCAAAAACGAGAAGAUAAAUGUUGUCGGUGGUUAUUGAGAGAAGGUUUUUUGAACUCACAAUAAUGUAAACAAUACGAAGCUUUGACCUCUUGAGUGUCGCGGUGACACUCAAGAGGUCAAUGGGUUAAGAACACCUUAGUUCUUGAGGGGGCAAAAGGUCAACGGGUUAAGAACACCUUAGUUCUUGAGGGGGGCAAAAUGUGUUCAAUGCAGGGCUCUUCAGGGGGGGCCCCUCCGGUGUAUAAAGAACAGCCAUUGUAUAUAUAAAGACCUUUUUUACGGCUUGUCAAGAUUUUAUAUAAAUAUGAAUAUAUGAAUAAAUAAAUAAAUAUAUAUAUAUAUAUAUGUAGAUAGAUAGUUGUUAUAAGAAACUUAUAGUUUUUGAGGGCACUUGGUGUCUGUCUAUUGUGCAAUUUAGUUAUAGAUGAGGUAACAUUUGUCAAUUACUACAAAUAAACGUUUAUGUUCAU